GUUCAAUGAUGCCUAACCUUUUCAACGCAUGCAUGGCCAUUCAAUGCCAUGAGUCGCCCAUUUCGUUAAAUUUCGUUUCCCCAUCUCAAAGCUCGUAAGAGAAACGAAGCACGAAUCAGAGAUUCUUCCCUCGCAUUCCACCGGUCGAAGUGGAACCUUCUUCCUCCUCUCGAAGACGUUCUUGUCGUCCAGCUUCUCGAAAGCUGAGGGCUGCAAUAUCGCCUGCGAAGGCCCCCUUUGGGUUCCUCGAUGCGGCCGCUGUCCGGUUGUGUUCCCACGAAACGUCGACGAGAGGAGGUCGGGAUCGCGAUCCCUGAGCCGGAGGUUUUUCCAUCUUGACAACACGGAAAACGACGAGCCCUGAUCCUUCGUACACAUUUUACAAGCAACUAUAUGUUCUGUUGGAGAUUUGGAACUGGGGUACUCCAAAUCUGCUAACAAGAGCAGAAGAGUUCUUCCAAACUUUCUUGAAUGCUUUCUGGGAAGACUCCAUAUAGAAUGGGAAACUUUUCGCACAGUGCAGGAGGUACAAAACAUGGCGGAACGAUGAGGGGCUUAAUAACAACUUUGGUCGGAAUCUUUUUCGGUUUCUUCUUAGGACUAUCAUUUCCAAUGUUGUCAUCAACUAAGUUUAACCUUUCAUCCAGCCUUCUUCCCAUCCCUGAUCUCUCCAAAUAUGAUAACCAACAAACGAGGCCCCUAACUCAAAUUGCUCCUGUGAGUGGCUGCAACAGCAGCUCAACUGAAGCUCCAAAAGUGAACGACGCGUCUAAGACUUUGGUCCGAUCGAAUCCAAGAGGUGCAGAAAGAUUGCCACCAGGAAUAAUAGCUGCUGAAUCCGAUUUUUAUUUGCGUAGAUUGUGGGGAGACCCCAAUGAGGACUUGACUUUCAGACAGAGGUAUCUGGUAACCUUCACUGUUGGUUAUAACCAGAGAAAGAACAUAGACACAGUAGUCAAAAAGUUUUCAGAGAACUUCACCAUUCUUCUGUUCCACUACGAUGGGCGAACAACAGAAUGGGAUGAGUACGAGUGGUCCAAGCAAGCCAUACAUGUGAGCGUUCCAAAGCAGACGAAAUGGUGGUAUGCCAAGAGGUUUCUACAUCCCGACAUCGUGGCUCCUUAUGAGUACAUAUUCAUAUGGGACGAAGACCUAGGAGUCGAGCAUUUUGAUGCAGAGGAGUAUUUAAAAUUGGUGAGGAAGUAUGGCUUGGAGAUAUCACAGCCUGGUCUGGAACCUGACAGGAAGUUGAACUGGUUGAUGACUAAAAGAAUAAACGGCAGUGAAGUUCACAAGGAAGUAGAAGAACCACCAGGCAGGUGCCGCGACCCGCAUCUACCCCCAUGUGCAGCGUUUGUUGAGAUCAUGGCUCCAGUUUUUUCAAGAGAGGCAUGGCGCUGCGUAUGGCAUUUGCUUCAGAAUGACUUGGUCCAUGGAUGGGGUUUUGACCUUGCCCUGAGGAAAUGUGUAGAGCCUGCACAUGAAAAAAUCGGUGUAGUCGAUGCUCAGUGGGUCGUGCAUCAGUCGUUUCCUUCAUUGGGCAACCAGGGUGAAUCACAGAACGGAGUGGCUCCAUGGCAAGGGGUGAGGGACAGAUGCGGGAAAGAAUGGGCGAUGUUCAACAGCCGAUUGACAAAUGCCGAAGUCGCUCAACAGCGGGCGAACGGGGGUUGAUCCUUCCAAAUUAAAAGCCACAGCAGCACACAUGCAGCAACAGAUUGUUCUGCAGAUAUCAAAGUCACCCUCACCCCAGAGGCUCAAAUUUUUCUUAGGAGACUUGGUAAAUUGUAAUUGCGCCUGUACCAUAGUGUUACGAGCAUACACAGUCUCACAUUGUUAAAUUUAAAAAAAAUUAUCUUCCCAUCUUA